CGUAAACACAGUAAAAGAGAGAGAGAGAGAGAAGAAGAAGCAGAAGAAAAAACCCGCGCAAGUGAGAGUUGAGAGUCGGAAUAGAUGGGUCGGCUCCCGAGUAGUGGCCCUACCUUCCGUUUUACCCAAACUGAGGUUGCGGAGAUGGAGACUGUUCUUCAAGAGCACCAUAAUCAAAUGCCUGCUCGGGAGAUCCUUGUAAGUCUGUCCGACAAGUUCAGUGAAUCAGCAGAACGGAAAGGGAGGAUUGUUGUGCAAUUUAAGCAAAUAUGGAAUUGGUUCCAAAAUAGGCGCUAUGCAAUUAGGGCAAAAUCAAGUAAGGUUCCUGGGAAGUUAAGUGUGUCAUCUAUGCCUCGUGAUGAUACAAAUCCUCUGAGAAAUGUGCCUCAAUCUGUUUCUGCUCCCUUGCCUCCCCCUAUGAAUGCUCCAAAGUCUGCUGCUAUGCCUGCUACUACAGUUCCUGGUGCAGCAAGGCAUAUGUCAGAAUCUUACAUGGAGUUUGAAGCUAAAUCUUCAAGGGAUGGUGCAUGGUACGACGUUGCAACCUUUUUGGCCCAUAGAUAUUUGGAAACAGGUGAUCUGGAAGUACAGGUUCGGUUUGCUGGUUUUGGACCCGAGGAGGAUGAGUGGGUUAAUGUUUGCAAGCAUAUCAGGCAACGGUCCCUCCCAUGUGAAGCAUCCGAGUGUGUUGCAGUUCUUCCUGGGGACCUUGUACUUUGUUUUCAGGAAGGCAAAGAUCAGGCCCUUUACUUCGAUGCUGAUGUCCUUGACGCGCAAAGGCGGAGGCAUGAUGUAAGAGGUUGUCGUUGUAGAUUUUUGGUGCGAUACGAUCAUGAUCAGACCGAGGAAAUCGUACCUCUAAGGAAGGUUUGUCGCCGGCCCGAAACCGAUUACAGGCUGUUGCAACUGCAUGCCUUGAGUAACACAGAUCAGCAGAAAACCAGCACAGAUCCUUUGACAGCCACCGCACCAGCCGAUACAAUGCAGAAGCAGAAGAAUCUCGACGAAUCGAAGACAGCUCCACUAGGUCUUUCACAUACUAAUAUUUCAAUUGCUACUGGUGGCGCUUCUCAAAACAUGCACGGAGGAAAGUAGUAGGUUCAGACACUGAUUUUACAAAUGGGGCUAAGCCCCUCAUUGAAAUUCUAACCCUUUGUGUUCUCUGUUUGGGAUAUUAUCAUGUAAUUACGACAAAGUUCAUGAAAGUUCUAAUUUAGUCCUU